UUAUCAAACUUAAACUUCGUUGGCUUUAUUUGAUUCCAAAAUAUCUGAAAAAACAAAUGAGCGCUUAGAGAUUAUUGUGGCAUCAAUGGCAGCAAGAACUAAUAGUAUCGCCACGCUAGGCCUUCCGGGGGACGUGUUGAUGGCGGGGAAGAAUGAGACGGCUACCAAAUUAGGGUUUUAUCCUUCCAGGCGUGUAGCAAUGAUCACGAGAAAAAAUGGAAACUUUUCAGUGAGGGCCAGUGCCGGCAGAACUCCUAGAAGUGUGGAGACAAUCAAUGGGAAGAUCAACGGUGUUCAUGUGGGAGAGGCUACAUUAUUUGGAAACAAGAAUAGUAUAGAGUUGAUUAAUGAUGAUGGCGAUUCACUUCCGCAUUCCUCUUUGCAUGGAAAGUUUGUGGAGGACAGGUUUGUUUAUAGGCAGACCUUUGUUAUUAGGUCUUAUGAGAUUGGACCUGACAAAACUGCCACCAUGGAAACCCUAAUGAACCUCCUCCAGGAGACAGCUCUAAAUCAUGUGACAAGUUCCGGCCUUGCCGGAAAUGGAUUUGGGGCUACCCGUGAGAUGAGCAUCCGGAAGCUCAUCUGGGUUGUCACACGGAUCCACAUUCAAGUACAGAGAUACAACUCAUGGGGAGAUGUGGUCGAAAUCGAUACUUGGGUGGAUGCAGCGGGCAAAAACGGAAUGCGAAGAGAUUGGAUUAUCCGAGACUACCAGACUCAAGAAAUUAUUACCAGAGCUACAAGCACUUGGGUGAUCAUGAACAGAGAGACAAGAAGGCUGUCCAAGAUACCUGACCAAGUGAGGCAAGAGGUGUUACCAUUCUACCUAAACAGAUUUGCAAUUGCUAAAGAGAAAAAUGACAGCGAGAAAAUCGACAAGCUCACCGAUGAUACUGCAGAGAGGAUCACAUCAGGUUUAGCACCAAGAUGGAGUGACAUGGAUGCCAACCAACAUGUUAAUAAUGUGAAAUACAUUGGAUGGAUUUUGGAGAGUGUGCCCAUCAAUGUAUUGGGAGAUUAUGAUCUCACAAGCAUGACACUGGAGUAUAGACGUGAAUGUAGACAAUCAAAUUUGCUAGAGUCUCUAACAAGUACAACAUCAAGUUUGGCUGAUGACUCCAACUGCAAGAACAACUCCAUCAAUCGGAGACCAGACCUAGAAUACACACACCUUCUCCGGAUGCAGGCAGAUAAGGCAGAGAUAGUACGAGCACGAACGGAAUGGAAUACGAAACAAAAGGAUAAACUGCAUUGACCUCAAAAUUUGCAGCAGUUUCAGUUUGUUAGCCUCACAUCAAUUUGUUUUCAAGCCUUUUUGGUUUCCCAUCUGGGUUCCUUGAUUUUUAUCAAUUUUUUGCUUUGGCGUGCUGUAUUAUUCACCAGGCUGUAACCAUAUUUUACAAGUGCACUACACCCGUGACAGUGCAGUGCUUAGAAGGUUUUAUGGAACAAGAAAAUACAAAACUACAUAGUCCAUAUAGUUAUUAGGGUAACAUGUUUGUUUUUAUGUUUAUGAGAAGCCUUGACUUGAAGUGAGAUCAAUGGAUAAGGCCCUAAUUUUAAAUCUGA